GUUCCCUUCGCCUUACGAAGCCUUGUGGCCUGCGCCGGAAUAUCCAGCAUCGGGCAAUACGUUCACUUCUCAAUCGACGAAAUGAGACGUAUUAUGGACGUCGACCUGACGGGUACCUUUAUCUGCGCGCAGUUGGCAGCGCGGGAAAUUUUCGAGCAAGGAUAUCCCGCCAGCAUGGUAUUCAUCACCAGUAUGAGUGGUCAUGUGGUUAACAAAGGGAAGAUGGCUUCGGAUAGAAUGCUUGGUCUAAACCAAUAUGGCUAUAUGGACUUGACGCUGCGGCUUAUAGCUUUUCCAAGGUGGGAGUGCGUCAGCUCACGCGGAACUUUGCCUCUGAAUGGGGAAUUUGUGUUUUUGUUAUCAGAUGCGAGUAACUAUGUGACUGGCGCGGAUUUGUUAGUGGGUGGAGGGUGGGACGGUUAUUAG